UAAAUGCUUUAUUUAAAAUUUAUACAAUAUAAUAUAUAAUUGUAAUUAAUUCGUAAUAAUGUUUGCCUUGAAACUAAUGACUGCUCUCAAACCCAAAUUCAGCAACAUUGCUGUUGCUAUGUUGGGAAGAGAGCCAUCAAUGUUUUUAUCGAAACCGAAAAAUUGUUUUGCUGUUUCCAAUUUAUCCACAACAGGACAGAGGCCAUCAAACAGAAUAUUUUAUAAUUACAACUGCACCACCAUUAACUAUGCUGUUAAAAAUAAGACCACCACCAACAACAUCAACAACACCAAUAUUAUCAGCAGAUCAGCAAGAUUGUUCCAUACAACACCGAGAAGAUACAUCAAUCCAAUCAUUUUGAUGCUUGUCAAACCACUGUCCAAAUUUGUUUCCAUGUUUAGUGGAAGGUAUUUUAGAAUCUGGUGGAGACGAUUGACCCCGGAACAAAAACUUCACUACAAGAACAAAUUCUUUAAAAACUAUAAAUACCUAGUAAUACCUUUUGGGGUGCUUGUGAUUGGGGAGGGAAUUUUUUACUACACCCAUCUUCAAACGACCCCCAUCACGAACAGGAAAAGAUUCAUUGGUAUUUCAGAUGAUCAGAUGAUGAAGUUGUCUGAAUUUGAAUUGAAAGUUCAAAUAGAGCAGUUGAAAGAGAACAUAGUACCAGCCAAUCACCCACUCUACAGGAAGAUUCAGCUGAUUGUGCAGAGGUUGAUUGACAGCAAUGGGGACCUGGACAAGUUGAGGACACAGCAUUGGACCAUCUGCGUCGUCAACAAUGACACAAGCAAUGCUUUCGUCCUACCUUCUGGUCACAUAUUUGUCUUCACUGGUUUGAUGAAGCACAUAUCCAAUGAUGACGAACUUGCAUUCAUUCUUGGUCACGAAAUAGCACAUGCUGUUCUUAAUCACGGGGCAGAACAAGUGAGCUUCAGUAGUCUGCUAGAUGUAUUAAUCAUCAUCUCGAUGGCUAUGAUAUGGGCGAUUAUGCCUGGGGAUGGUCUGGCCAUGGUUACGCAGUGGUUCUAUGAUAAAGUCCUCAAUAUCAUGCUCCAUCUACCGUACAGCAGGAAACUCGAGUUGGAAGCUGACGAGGUGGGUCUCAGACUCGUCGCCAAGGCUUGUUUUGAUGUGAGAGAGGCGAGUUUGAUAUGGCAGAAAUGGUCGUUGUUGGAGCAGUUGAAUGGAGAUGGCAAUGCGAAUGAUCUGCCUGCAUUGCUUUCCACCCAUCCGAAUUUCGAGGAACGAUCAGACAAGUUGGACAACCUCAUGCAAGAUGCAAUCGACAUGAGGAAGCUAUGCAACUGCCCAGAAUUGAAGUCAAGCAGCUCAUCAAACGAUUUGAAGCGUCUGAAGAUGCUGGUUGAUGAGAAACUGAGUAAAAAUGAUCGAGUUUAAAAUUAAUGAUGAAACGUGUUCGUACGUAGCUCGCGUGAAAAUAUAAAUAUUUUAUGUGGAAUGUUAUUCAAAAAAAUGAAC